AUGUUUAUUCAACUUCAAUUUUUUUAUACUGUUCCAGAAUUCACUGAAUUUUGGUGUCGACUUUAUGGCGACAUUGUUGGAGUAUGGAUGAAUGGAGAAUACACUAUUAUUACUUGUGAUGCGGAAUUUGCUCAAAGAAUCUUAAGCGACAAUAAUUCAAAAAAUUUUAUUAUACGUAUGGGUAAUGAUCAUGGUUUGAAAGAAAUCGGAAUGUAUAAAAAUGGGAUUAUUUGGAAUAAUGACGUUUCAAAAUGGACGCAUCAAAAACAUAUAUUUCAAGCUGGCCUUGCUUCUAAUGCUCGCCAAAGGGCUUUUAAUGUUGCAGUUGAAAAAACUCGGCAAGAAAUAAAUCGUAUUAAAACUUCUGCAUUAAAAAACAAUAAUACUCCGACUGUCGAUCUUUUAAAUGUAUUUCGUCAUAUAACUCUUGCAAUCAUCCUUGAAGUUUCUCUCGGCAUCCAGCUUGAUUUGGAAAAAUCACAAAACCUAAUUGACUGCGUUGUUGAAUACUUUAAAGCUUGGGAAUUUUUUUUAUUAAAACCACGUUUCAUAUGGCCUUUGUUUCCUUUAAAACUUUUUCAUCACCGAAAAUCCGUUCUGAAACUUCAAAAAGAAAUUCAAAACAUCAUUUCAAUUAUCGAUCCUCAAGCAACAACUUUCUUAAGCCAGCUUUAUAGUAAUAACUUGACGAAUGAAGAAAUACAACAAUCUAUUCUUGAAAUGGUUCUUGCAGGAACGGAUACCUCUUCUGUUAGCUUAUAUUAUACUAUAUUACUUCUUACUGAAAAUAAAAAAAUCGUGAAUCAAUUAAUAGAUUCUUUAGAUGAUUCUUUAGAUGAUUCACUUUUGGAAGCAGUUUUACGAGAAUCUAUGCGAUUAAUGCCUGUUGGGCCAGUUAUUAUUAGAAAAUCUUUGAAUGAUUGCGAAAUUUCAGGAAUUCAUAUUAAAGCAAGUACAAACAUUGUAAUUAGUCUUGCACGUAUGAAUCGUAACCAAAAAUGGUUUGAUGAUCCACUUAAGUUCGAUCCACAACGUUUCAUAAAGAAUAAAAACCUAAUUACUCUUUCCGCACCAAUGGGUGUGGGACCAAAAUCAUGCGUGGGUCAACACUUUGCAAUGGUUGAGAUGAAAGCUAUAUUGCCUGAACUUCUCAAAGAAUUCAUAUUUACAAGGAUGGAUGAAACAAGACCAAUUAUUGAUACAAGAACCCGAUGGGAUGUAGCUCAACAACCGGUCGUAAAAGAAAUACUUAACGUACUUCCGAGAAAAAAAGUUGUUUUUGUCGGAGCUCAUAGUGUUGGUAAAACAACCCUGGCAAGAUUUAUUAAGAACAAAAUGAAUGGGAUCCUGGUUAGCGAGAUUGCAAGAACUUUAAUAAAAGAAUUAAAUUUAAAUGCAGACAUUCUUAGAAAUGAUCCUGAUAAAUCAUUGGAAUUUCAGGCAUCUAUAAUUAAGGCUCAAUGCGCAAAAGAAGAGGAAAUUGAGCAUGAAUUUGCGAUUUUGGAUCGAAGUGCGUUGGAUGCUUUAGUGUAUGCCCAGACAUUUUGUGGAAAACGAUGGAAUGAAUUACUAGAUAUGGAAGAAACAAAUAAAUGCCUCGAACGUUACAGACAGAAAAAUAAAUACAUGAUUUUUUUAAUCGAACCACAAAAAGAAUGUUUAAGAGCAGAUGGGGUCCGAAUGAUGCCAACUGAUUAUGAAGACUGGAUUUCUUUUUCAGAAAGUUUUAAAAAUAUAAUGAAUGAAUACAAUAUUGAAUUCAACGCCAUCAAUGUUUUAGACAUAAAUCAACGAUACUCUAUAAUUAGGAAUGCACUGUUUGCACAUAAUAUUUAA